AGGUCCGGGGGCGGCGAGGGCCACACCUUCAGGGCGCUCGGCAGGGACCUGAGCGGCGAGGGCAUCGUGGAGAGGAGAACCUCCCUGACGAAGGACCCCGACGGGAAGUCGCACGUGUCGGCGAUGACCGGGAUGACGCACCGCAGCGAGGCCAGCAUCCUGACGACCGUCAGCGUCCGGGAGCACGUCGAGUGGGUCCACCAGACCAUCGGCCAGUUGCUGGAGGCGGAGAAGGAGCCGGCAUUCCUGGCCGACAUGAUGUCGGACUGCUACCCGAUAGUGGGAUGCUCGCAGGGCUUCCUGGAGCUGACGCAGUACUCGCAGGAGAGCAUCCUGGGCACUUCCUUGUUUUUCCUGGAGGAGGGCAUUCCCGACGAACUGAUAUCCAAGUCGACAAGGAAGAACCUGACCUCAUUCUGCCAGGCGUGCCGCUUCUCCGCUGGCACUGGCGGGCGCGUAUUGGGGGACCUGCAGAUCACGCAGCCUAGCAAGAGGGCUGGAGGUUCCGUCUUCGUGAACUGCUGCCUUUGCUCGCUGGUGAUACUCCGGAACAGGCCGUACAUCCUGGGCGUGCCGACGUCGAUGGGCGAGGGCAGCUUCGCGCGCAUGUCGAAGACUGCCCUGGACGAGCACAAGGAGAACAGCCGCGAGAAGGUCAAGCGGCUCAGGGAGACGCUGCAGAGCAAGAUAGAGAAGGACCGGCGGCUGCCCGAGGUGGAUGAGGAAGACGGCCACUCCUUCUUCGCGGACCGGCUGCAGGACCAUUGCAUCCUCAUCGGCAGGGGCCGCACCGCGCUGCGCCGGGAGCCCUACGACCUCCCCAGCGGCUGCCUCGUCUUCGUGCAGCAGCCCGCGCGCCCGAGCGGCGACGGGAGCCUGCGCUUCAGUUUGCUCGUGGACGACGUCACCCCGAAGUUCGACGGGCUCCCGUUGAUGGGGUUCACGCGGCGGGAGCCGCUGGACGCCAUCGAGUGCUACCCUUGCCAGGCG